AUGCACGCAUACAUCGGCGAAUUAGCGCCUAGUAAUAAGCCCUCGCCGACCCAAGAGCGCGGUGACUUCGAAAACGGCGCACAUGUGGAAGGAGGAACCGGGCACCGUACGCGAGUGGCAUGGAGUGAUGACGAGGUAGGUGGCUCGAGUGUGCCCACGCCCGUGUCGGGCGAGAGCGUGCCAAUAGGAGUGGAAAAGACGGGGCAAGACGAGACGAUAGGGGAUGGGCACGGGAAUUCUGACCAAUCCCGAGCUUGGACAGGCGGCCUCGGCCCCCCAACUACUGCGCCUAUUUGUGGGACCCGUACUGGUCGGCGUUCGUACGCGGCCGCAGCGGCUGACUCCUUCCUUGACGGAGGUAGUCAGUAUCCAGUGGCUACAGAACGGGGUGCACAGGGGAAAGGACCGCGGGUCGGGUCCUCUCCUAUCGCGGGAGCUUUUUCCUGUGACGUUGCGGCUCGAUCUCGAAAUCUCGGGUCGGCGUAUGAGCCUCACUUGUUGGUGUCUGCGGGCUCGGGACCGGUGAGAGCUGCAACAGAGCAGGGAAGGGCCGACACGGUAGACGGGCAGGGUCCGGGACUUUUCGCUGACUCCAAAGAGGAUGGGAGUCAGCGCUCAUCUGCUGACCACACCCGGGUGCUGGUGCGGGCGGCUACGAGAGUGUGGACCGACAGAUCAGACGAUGAUCUCCGUUCGAUGAUUCCGCUUGAAGAGGAGGCUCUAGCGGCAUGGAUGAUGGGGGCUAUCAUGCUCCAGUCUCCGCCUGGAUUUUUGGUGUGCACGCACCCGAGGGCUACGCGAGUUGUAAUGCUUGAUUUUUUCGAAGAGUACCUGGAAGGGAAGGUCAUUGCGAUUGUCCCUCCGUACGUGCGCAUGCCUCAGUACAUCGCCGAGAAAACGUUGCUACUCCAGCUCUUGGAACGCAGUGAGGGGCAGACGGAGUCCGAUGUCAUGAGUCGGGAAUUGGUCAAGGGCGCCAAGCGGACCAGUUACGAUGCCGAAACGAGGCGACUGACUUUCAUUAUGCCGGAUCAAGCGGCAGCAGCAAGCUGGCAUGCAAAGAUGAUUUUGUUUCGCGGAAAGCGUCUUAAGCUGUUGUGCCCGGCCACUAUGGAGCGCGAAGACAUUACUGCUCCUUCGCUAUUAGCCACGUCAAGUGGUAGACACCAAUUGCAAUACCAAGUCCGGAUUUUGGUCAAUGGAGUGGCGGCAAGCACGGUUCAAGCUAUAUUGGCGUCUAGUGUGGCUUGUACGGUCACAUCCGUGUCUCGUGGGUGCCCACUCGGCUCGGAGGCAUAUGAUUCCAACUUUUUCGUGGCAACUUUUGACAUGGUGUCAUGUCCCGAGCAACUCAAGCUGGUCACGCACAUCGCAACAUCCGAAACGGAGAUCUUUCUCCACCAUUUUCGUCACUUUCAACGCGUUCCCUGUUUUUCCUGCUAUUCGCCAUAUCACUCGAGUGCUAAGUGUGGUGGACGCAAAGGCGCUUUUCAAAUUCAGCAUCACCGAGAAUUUACUGGUAUUCCAAUAGCUCCUCCUCACGUCAGUGGGUUGACUUUUAACCACUUGGACGUUGCCGGUCGCCUGCAGCAUGUCUCUGGACUGGCGGAUACUUUGGUGGCAACCACGGCGAAAUUAAAGGCUGAUGGCGACAAGGCCCCACUGUUAAGUGAGGUCUCGCAGGUACCUCCUUGUGCUGGGCAGUCGUCAGUUCCGAACACGUCUCCGCUUGCCGGUGGACAGGCCGUUCGGGGCGGGGCUACUCGCGUCAGUGGUCCAAUGACGAACGAGUGGUUCGAUCCUGGAGCGAACAAGAAAAAGAGGGAUGUGCGCCCCGCAGAUGUUCCGGCUAGUCGGGCAACAGGACUUGCUGUGAAGCUACCCAAGCAUCCGCAGUUCAACAAAGAUGGAGGUGCAAGAAAGUCACCACUCCCGAAGUCGAAGGCUGUUGCCCAAACUAUUUCCACGAACACGGUCGCUGACAAAAAGAAACCACCUCAACAGACUAAGGCAACUGUUUGUCAAAAAGGGCAAUCGACCACGGUCCAUUCUUCGCCACCACCCUCCGCUUCUUCGAAGGCGGACACCCAGCGCACGCUGGCGAUUCGGGAACUGGACCACAUAUUGAGUGGUGCUCAUGAGGAAGUUGCAGAACCUGCACCGAUUGAUCCGGGGGUCGAUUCGGCGCUGCCUUCGACGAAUUUAAAAGAGGCGACCCUUGAGGCCGUUCGAUCGCAAGUAGCAACCGCACAAAAAACGGUCGAGGAACUUAAUUAA